AUGAUUGUUGAAGGAUGGCCUAGCACAUUCAAAGAAAUACCAGGACCAAUCCGCCCGUACUGGUGUUACAGAGAUGAAUUAUCAGUUGAAGAUGCAGGCCUCAUCCUUAAAGGAGAGAGAGUCAUAAUUCCCCAAGAAAUGCAACAUGAAGUACUACAGAAGAUACAUGCAGGUCACCAAGGUGCAACCAAGUGCAAGUUGAGAGCCAGAUCAUGUGUAUUCUGGGAUGGAAUAAACAAAGAUAUUGAUCAAGCUGUAAAAUCAUGCCCUACAUGCCAAAGCCAUCAAGACUCACAAGCUAAAGAAACCCUGAUGCCUCAUGAGAUCCCAACAAGACCAUGGCAGAUAGUAGGUACAGACCUAUUUCAUGAUGAUAACAACGAGUUUCUUACCGUCGCAGACUACUACUCAAAGUUUCCGGUCAUAAGAGAGUUACCAAAGCCCUGCACAAGUAUUGCUGCAAUCACAGCUACUAAGAGUAUAUUUGCAGAACAUGGAGUACCAGACAAAAUAAUCAACGAUAAUGGCAGACACUUUGAUAGCAAAGAUUACAGAAAGUUUGCUGAAGAGUGGUGUUUCGACCACACAACCAGUUCACCACAUUACCCCCAGUCAAAUGCCUUCAUAGAAAGGUCUAUCAGGACAGUGAAGGGUACCCUAAUAAAGUCUAAAGAAGACCAUAUGGAUCCUUAUAUGGCGCUGCUGUGUCUAAGGACCACACCUAUAGAUAAUUACCUACCAUCACCAGGAGAAUUACUCAGCGGUAGAAGAUUUAAGAGUAACCUACCAUGCAAGAUGCACAACAACAAAUAUGACGGAGACAACAUCCAAGAUAACCUGAAAAUGCGUCAAGACAGGUAA